AUGGCGGGGGGCGUGAAGAAGCCUGUGAACAUCUUCCGGCUCCAGGAUUUGGGCGAACCAAAAGAAGUCUUCAAUUGGAGAUUAUGGUUUGCCGUGUUCUCUUUCGGCCUUUUGGGCGCAGCACGAGGCGUUGACGAGGGCUUGAUCAGCGGCGCCUUCAACAGCAAGCACUUCCAGGGCACCAUCAAUUACAGCUCCUAUACCGAGGUUGAGCAAGCCAACAUCAAAGCCAAUGUGUCCUCCAUGGUUCAACUAGGGAGUGUUGGGGGUGCUCUGAUCGCCUUCCUUAUCUGUGACAGGAUCGGACGCAUCUGGGCUACACGGCAGCUCUGUCUGCUGUGGAUGUUGGGCAUUGUCAUCUUCAUGGGAACCAAAGGCAAUCUGAGCGCCAUAUAUGCUGGUCGGUUUAUCGUCGGACUUGGCGUUGGACAAACACCUGUUGUUGGUCCUGUCUACAUUGCGGAAAUUGCCCCGGCCAGUGUCAGGGGGUUGUGUACAUGUAUCUUCACCGGUUUUGUGUACUUGGGCAUCGUCUUGGCAUACUUUACGAAUUACGGCUGUCAAGUCAACCUGGGUGAUACAACGGCGGCUCGUUGGGAAGUGCCGACAAGUUUGCAUCUCAUCUUUGCAGUCUUGAUAUUUACUUUAAGCCUCUUUCAGUACGAGUCUCCGCGCUACCUGCUCAAACAAGGUCAACAUAAGAUGGCCAUUCAUGUCAUGGCUUGUCUUCGAAACCUGUCCCCAGAACAUGACUAUGUAACUCAGGAGAUCAGCGCCAUCACGUCAAGCCAUUUGGAAGAGAUGGAGGCAACUGUGGGAUCUGGAUGGAUGGGAAUCUUGAAGGAGGCAUUCACUGUCCCAACGAACCUCUACCGCGUAUGCCUCACCAUCUGCGCACAGAUACUGUCACAAUGGCCUGGUGCUGGUUCUAUCACACUCUACGCCCCAGACCUGUUCAACAUUCUUGGGAUAACUGGAACAGACAGGACGCUUCGGGUGACAGCCGUGUUUGGCAUCGUUAAGCUCACUGCCGCCGUGGUAUGCACCCUCUUCCUCGUCGACUUCAUCGGCCGAAAGCGCUCGCUGCUUAUUGGCAUCACCUUGCAGGCUGUGUCGAUGAUCUACGUUGCCGUUUUCCUCACUGCAGUCCCCGAGUUGGGCAUACAAGAGGGCUAUCUCCUCAGCCCCUCGCAGUCAGGACUUUCCAAGGGUGCGAUUGCUAUGAUCUACAUUUCAGGCUUCGGUUGGGCGUUGGGAUGGAACAGCAUGCAAUAUCUACUCACGGCGGAGCUUUUCCCCUUGAGAAUCCGGGCUUUUUGCACCUCACUCGCCAUGUCGUUUCAUUUUGCCAACCAAUACGGGAAUACACGGGCUGUGCCAAACAUGCUUCUCCAGUUGGAACUGGGAGGCAUCUCACCAAAGGGGACAUUUUGGUCCUUUGCCAUCGUUACCAUUCUUGGUGCGGUAUGGGUGUUUUGCAUGGUGCCGGAGACGGCAGGUCAAAGCUUGGAGAGCAUGGACUCGCUAUUCUCACUGCCUUGGUACAAAAUUGGGAGGUAUGGAAACCGGAAUGCUGAUUUGGGUGACUUGGAACCGCCUCAGGUUGGCGAAGAAAAUGUCAUUACCGGAAAGGCCAUGACGGAUGAGGUCGAGAAGAAAUGA